AUGGGCCUUCAGAUUGCGAAGCGUGACCUGCGCAAGCGCAUGAGGGAAACCUUGCAGGCACUCCCAAGUGCUGCUAUUUCUCAGCAGUCGACUGUCGCGACCAACAGGUUGCUCUCACUGUCUGAGUAUCAGAGUGCCAGGAGCAUUGCCGUGUAUCUCUCGAUGCCCGUGGGUGAGAUGUCGACUCGUACCAUUGUUCAAGACGCAUUCCAGCGCGGCAAAGAUGUCUUCAUACCCUACAUCCAUACUGUCGAUAAAGUUUCCGUCAUGGACAUGUUCGCGCUCGAGUCCUUCAAAGAGUUCGAGGCGUUGACUCCGGACAAGUGGGGAAUCCCGUCUCUACAGGCUACACAAAUCCCCGGUCGGCGGAAUUGCUUCCUAGGACAAGGUCUGGAUCUGAUUGUCAUGCCGGGGAUGGCUUUUGAUUCUGGCUUCCGGAGACUGGGUCAUGGAAAGGGCUACUACGACCAUUUCCUCAAGCGAUACUCCCAAUGGAGCAACCGGAUUCCGUUCCUCGUGGCCCUGGCUCUCCAGGAGCAGUUGCUCGCGGAGAGUAUUCCCGUCUUGGAUCAUGACUGGCUUGUCGAUGCCAUCGUUGUCGGCGAUGGGCGUUACCUGGAUCGCAGGUCGUAG